AAUCUCUGUUCAACAAUCACGGUUUGCAACGUUUUUGAAAUAGGUGUACAUUGACUGGAUGAUGGGAUAUGUGUACAAAUGUUUCCCUUCUCCUCCCCCCUGGAGGUAAAGUGAUCCCACUCCUCCCCCUGCGAGGACACUGCUUUGUUCCACCAGUAGACCAUGACAUUGCAUUCUUUUUUUAAUUUUUUUUAUUUGAUGUUGUUUAUUCUUUAUUACUUGACAUGAGAGUAUUUAUGUGGAAGUAAAUAUGAGUCAAUAUUUAAUUUUUAGUGAUGCUCGCUGGGAUGAUCUUUGCUGUAAUGUACCUAUUGCUAUGCAUGAAAUGCUUAAAACAUGGCAGUAUGAAUCACAUUCACCUGCAGAAACAGUACAGAAACUAGUUAAUCACAUCAAGUACGAGGUCCCUGCUUGGGCAAUCUGUGUUUGUGCCUGGUGCUGUGGAUACAUUCAUGAGUUAAGAAUGGAACAAAGGGCCUUCCUUACAUCGGAAAGAUCCGAAAAUACAGAUCGUCCAUCACAGCCAGGAUUGCUUCAGUUUUUGUUGUCUCCAAUAAAUGACAGAGGGAUGGACCCAGUAUUCAAUGACAGGUGCUCCAUGAUGGUACAUGUCAUGCAAUGUAUGUCAGCUAACAUUGACAGAAAAGACGAUGCUCCAGGAUCAAGCUUACCAGUUGAGAUCAACCAAACUCCAUCAAAGGUCAUGCAGCAACUCUUCAAUAAUUGUAUAAAGCAAAAACAUUUUUCUACUAAGAUUCUUCAUAAAUUCAAGCAACUGUUAAUCCUUGGCGGAGCAGAAUGGUUUUGUUCUACAAUAGUUAAG